CGGCUCUGUCCUAUCCUGUCCAAUUAUAUGCAAGGUUUCGGUUUGGUCGGCUGCUUGCAAUAACUAUGUCGAAUUCGGUGAUCACGCGUUUGGCUCCGGUGUUUUCCAUGGUACGCCAUGCGUCAACUGCUGCGGCAACAGCUCCCCGAAUGAAAACAUUUUCCGUUUACCGAUGGAACCCAGACAAACCCGGGGAGAAGCCAUACAUGAAGGAUUAUAAAAUCGACCUGAACGAAUGUGGACCCAUGGUCCUUGAUGCGCUGAUAAAGAUUAAAAAUGAACAAGAUCCCACGCUCACUUUUCGUCGUUCGUGCCGCGAAGGCAUUUGUGGUUCGUGUGCCAUGAACAUCGCCGGUCGUAACCAUUUGGCUUGUUUGUGGGAAAUUGACAAGGAUCUGAGCAAGCCAACGAAGAUCUAUCCGCUCCCACAUAUGUUUGUCAUCAAAGAUCUCGUCCCGGAUAUGAAUAACUUCUACGCACAGUAUCGCUGGAUCGAGCCGUACUUGAAGAAAAAGGGGGUGUCUGAGGAGGACAUUGGGAAAGCCACUUACUAUCAGUCGGUUGAGGAUCGGGCAAAGCUGGAUGGUCUGUAUGAGUGCAUUUUGUGCGCUUGUUGUGCCACAUCAUGUCCUUCAUACUGGUGGAACGGAGACAAGUAUCUUGGACCGGCGGUCUUGUUGCAAGCGUACCGCUGGCUCAUCGAUUCAAGAGAUGACUACACGUACGAGCGUUUGACCCAGUUUCAGAACAAAUGGUCACUGUAUCGGUGCCACACUAUCAUGAACUGCACCGAAACUUGCCCCAAAGGUCUCAAUCCCGGUCUGGCUAUUGGUGAGAUCAAGAAAAUGCUCAUCUACUACAACCAGUACAAAGACAAAAAGCCGUCAACGGCCACAGUGUAGAUCUGCAAUUCCGCUAGUUGAGCGGAAUUGUUAAUAGUGAUCAGAAUUCAUUAAGAUGUUUGUUUAUCUUCUUCCAGUGUAACCGAACGCCAAUAAUAAACUUUCGGCUUUUUCUUCAACACAUCGUACCGCUUCUUUUUU